GUUUUGCUCCAUGCAAUAAUAAAAGCUGUAUCCAAACCUGGAGAAACAAGGGCAUUCAUACUUUACAUAAACCAGAUAUAGAGACUACGAAAAAGUGCAAACCCUCAGCCUGGAUGAAAACCCAAAUGAAUAGAUCAUUUUCAGAUGAAUUAGGCUGUAUCACAGAUGCAACUGCUGAGGAACAAGAUGACUUACCUUAUGAUGGAGAUGCAGGGAUAACCUGUAAAUACAAUAAUAAUUCAGAUAACUUAAAUAACUGUACUUUUACAAAAGUUAUUUCUGGUAUUUUAAAUUUAGCCUGUUCUGCAGAGCAUACACCCAUAAAAGCAACAGCAAAUUAUGAAAGUCAUCCCCAGCCUGAAGAAUUCUGCAGUCACCACAGAUGCACCAUAGGAACAAGGGGAAUUUCAGCUGAAAUGCCUGGAGGUGAAGCUUCCUUUAAGAAGGAAUUACCUGUUGGCAGCUUUAGUAAACCAGAUAGCAAUGAACAUCUAACCAACUCCAAAAUGUCCAAUGUCCUUUUGCGUCAUUUUUCUAAGGGAGAGUUAAUAAGCACAUGCCAGUUAAUUGAAUGGGAGACAAUACCCGAGACAUCCUGUACUGAAAGUAUCGAUGACACUGCGAAGAAACCUGAGCCUUCGGAACGUGUCAAAGGCCCUUUAGCACAUGAACAAUGGGCAACUAACUGUGAGGAACACCACUUAGAAAAGCACAAGGAAGUGAACACCGGUGACAAAACCCACAAUGUGCUGCAUGAAAACAGAUGUGUUUCCAAGAAAUCUGUUUCUUCCACCGGUAAGUGUGGGUGCAGACAAGAAAACUCACAACUGAUUGAUGAGAAUGAAGAUACACACAUCUUUCAAAACACGGAAGAAGAACACGCCCUGUUUAAGAAAACAGUUUCACCUCAUGAGCUCAAAUAUGGCCAAGGUCAAGCUCGCUAUUGCCUUCCUGACUUCUCUAAAGUUGCCUCACAAGUCCAAGUACCAAUAACAAGUGACAAUGUUAACUCAGUUCCUACAACUGAAAGAACAAAAUCCUCCCCCGUUGUGCUAAGUAAAUCGCUAAUUGUGAACAACAUUCUAGAAAAUAAGAACGACCUCAAUUCUGCUGAAGUAGAGAAUCAAGAAGUGGUGAGUGUUCCAGAACUGCUGCAACAGCUAGAGAUAGUUCCUCAGUCAGAUUUUCCAAAUGCCAGCGCUGCCAUUUACCCAGGAGGCACUGGGACAUCCUCUGAAGUCCUACACGCUCCUAUCCCUAUGCAACCUACACAUGGUUUGUCUAAAGCAAGAUUACAGCAUGGAACACCACCACCAGCAGCUGGUAUGGCAGAAGCAUACUGUCUAAAUCCUGCUGAUUUACUGCCAGAACUAACACUAGGAGAAAAGAUGUCUCAAAUACUAAAGCAUCAGACAGAUCAACUGAUAAAGAAAGCAUUAAAUCAAUUGAAGAGAUGCCUUGAUGCCUUGGAAAGGAAUUACUUAACAGCUAGAGAAGAGCACCGUAAUUUACAGCUGCAGAACUACAAGGACGAGCCUAUCAACGUUGGAGAGUUUGAUCCUGAAAGACAGGUGGAAGGAGAAAUAUUUAGACUUGGAAUGCUGCUUGAAGACCUCCAGGAACAAACUGAUGACAGCAAAUGCAACUUGCCUUCUUUGCUUACUUCCUAUGAAUCUGCCCAUUCAUCAUAUUCUCCUUGUGAGAGCUCGAUAGUUUCAAGCAUCGCUGAUCCUCCAGAAAGAAGAGGUAUCGACACUGCAUUUCUUCACAAGAACAGUGAGGGAAAAGAGAGUCAGACAACUGAUGUAAUCCCACAGACAAAUCGAUUUUCGUUAGACGGUGACAAGUGCAAUGUUUGUCUUCACAUGUUACAAAAGACAGCUGAAUCAACUUCCAGAAGAGAAACAGAGCCUCUGGGAAAAGGAGGUCUGCUAGCAAACAACCAUUCUUCCAACAUAACGGACUUAGAUGCAGAUGCCCUAGAGGAAGCAGAGAUCAGUUUAAACUCAGGAAAUACAAGGAGUCUGUUCCGUCUUGUGCCCUAUGUAGAAAUAAGAGUUCUGGUUCAUCCUAUUUUAAGUUCUGCUCUGGAUCAUGCCAUACAAACAGCAAACAGUUUGAAGAAAGCUACAGAACGAAUGGUACGAGCAGUUUCAGAAGAUCUAGCUAACAUUAAAAGAAACCAGCUUUAA